AUGGCCACCGCCGGCUACAACUUGCGCGAUGCAAAGGCCGCCAACCUGCGUGCCCAGGCGAGGUCCCAGAAGCUCGAGCUCGAUGCCCUCAUCAAGCGAUCCCUCGCCGCCGCAUCCACCACCCGCUCCGCUGCGCAGCCCGGCCGCGGCGGCCGCGGCGGUGCAGCCCAACAUCACCAAAGGGCAUCCAAGCUGCUCAACGCCGACAUCGAGUUCAACCGCAAGAACCUGCGCAACACCUACCUCACCCUCCUCUUCACCUUCACCUUCAACCGCCUCGCCCACGGCGUCGACAACCUCCUGUGGACCGACACCACCUACUGCCUCAUAUCGGCCUUCCGCACCCUCAUCUCGACCCAGCAAAAGGCCCUCGCCGCCGCCACCGCCGCCCCGACCACGGGCAACGCCAGGGCCAAGCUGGCCAACGACGUGGCGCGCACCCAGACCGAGCUCCGCAAGCUGCUCCACGACGACGAGUCUUUCUGGCGCGAGCUGGCCGCCAGCAUCGUCCGCAUCUUUACCCUCGACGAGGCCAGAGCCAAUCUCGAGGCGCUCGGCAUCGCCUGCGACAGCGACGGCGACACCACCGUCGGCACCCCUUCCCAGGCCUCCGACACGCUCGCAUCGUCCCUCGGCCGACACCAGCCGCCCAGCGAAGCCCUCUCGCAGGCUGCGCUGCUCCCCGCCAACCGCACCCACCUGCUCGAGGCGGUCCAAAAGGCCCUCAUCUUCUGCGGCGACCUCGCACGCUACCGCGAGCUCCACUGCCCGCAGCCCAGCGACGCCGCCCCUUCUGUCCUCGAGACCGAAGAUCGCGGCCCACCGCACAGAGGCGCCCGCGGAGGAGCUCGCGGGGGCCGCCCUGCGCACGCGCAUGCAAACGUCGCCACCGCCACGGGCCCUCACAAGGCCGCAGCGCCAGCAGAUGACGCGGCCACGUACAAGCAGGACUUCGGCAGAGCACUGGCCUUCUACGAGCAGGCUCGGCUCUUGCUUCCCGACAACGGCAACCCUUCCAACCAGCUGGCCGUGAUCGCCACGUACAACGCCGACCCGCUGCUGUCCAUCUAUCACUGCUACCGCGCCCUCUGCGUCCGGCUCCCCUUCGAAAAGGCCAAGAUCAACCUCGACAAGACGCUCGCCAAGCCGAUCGAGGCCUGGCUCGAGUCGGGUGGCAUGGACGAUGCGAGGUCCUGGGACGAUUCCGACGAGCGUAGGAUGCGCUCCUCCGGCACCGUCGAGCGCCUUUCGACCAACCUGCCCGACAGCGAGGCGGCGUUCAGGAAGUGGAUCGGAGACGUCGUGGUGCUGCACGGCCUCUUCUUCCAGCGCGUGCACCUCGAUUGCAUCAUGCCGCUCUCUCACUCGGUACUGGCUCAGUUCUCGUCGCUUGUGCGCGCCCGGGCCGUCCCGGCCGACCUGGUCGUCCGCGUUGUGGUCACCGGACUUUGCGCCUCCUGGACCACGCGGCUCUGGCGCAACACGCCAUCGUCGUUUUCGUCGUCAAACGGCCAGCGGGCUCGAGGCAAUGCCGCGCGUUCGCGUUCCGGCACCAUUCGCUCUUCGGGCAAGGGAUCUUCGGUCGACCUGGAUCCCGCCAGCCGGCUCUGCAUCGAGCACCAGAUCCUGGCCCACGUGCUCGGCGUCUUCCGGGAGCUGGCCGAGGUGGUCGUCGACGAGACGCAGCAGGCCAUCCAGUCCAACCGGCAGAACCCGCCUUCGGCGCCCGCAGGUGGCGCAGCAGGUUCUGCCGCGGUGCGUCACCUCACCGCCGUGGUGCGGCGCACCCUGCCGGCACUCCGCGUCGCGACCAAGUGGAUGAAGACGCAUCUCGAGUACAUCCAGCGAUCGGGCGAGCGCGCCGCCGCCUCGAGCCAGGCUUCGGACGUGUCGCUGCUGCAGCCGUCGCUGAACCCGACGCUCGAGGCGAUCCCCAACGAGGAAGAGCUGCGAGAGGCGCAGGUGCGGGUGCGGGCCGAUGCCGACGCUGCCGAGGCGAUUGAGGGCUUCUGGAGGAGCUACGUGGCUAUGAUCAACGUCCUUCGGUACGCCUUUCCCUUUGAGACGCUGCCCAACAUCGGCAAGGCGGGACCCGUCGGCGCCCCGGCGCUCUGCCUCGAGGAAGACUCGGACAUGCGCGGCCUGACGCCGACAAAGAAGGCGAUGCAGCUCACCGCUCCCGGCAUCGGCGGUGGCAGCGUCGUCGUCAACCUAGGCAUGGGCGAGGCCUGCUCGCACGCCAACGCGGUCCGCCCGAGCCAGGUCCAUCCCAACGAGGAGCAACUGAUGCGCGUUGCCGACCUGCUCAUCGACGCCAAGGUGGUCGCCGAGUCCGAUGCGAGUCCAAUCCGCUACGAGGAUGGCCAGAAUAUCUUUGUCUUCGACGGCGAAACAAGCGCCGCUGGCGCAUCACAGACCCGUGCGGCACCUUCCCAGCUCGAGGCGCGCGCAUCGCCCGCCCGCGUGUCGCCCUCGUCGACCGGGGCUGCCAAGCCCGACGCCGACCGGGGCGAAAGGAACGAGAGACAGGAUGAGGCGUCGUCCGAGGGCUUCUCCGAGAUGACCGACGACCCGGUCGAGCUGGCCAUGCGGGCCGUAGACGGACGCAGGACCGGCGAAAGCAGCCUCAUGGACGGCAUGGAGGAGUCGAUGCGCGACGUGCGCGUCGACGACGAUCAGCACCGGGACGAAGAGAGCAGAGAGCGCAUUCUCGUCCCCUCGCAGAUCCGCUACGAUAGCCGCACAAAUGACGACGAAGCCGCUCGCCUCUUUGCGCAGGCCACCAACGCUUCCGGCGGCCAAGAGAGGCCCGCAGCGCCCGGCGCGUAUCCGGACCCGCGUGCCUCGGGUUCCGACACUCCAAAGACCGCCGCCACGGCUCAGGACCUGCUUCUCCAGAUGCUCCAAGGACGCGUGAGUGGGCCCGCCGGCCCGCCGCCCAGCCAGGUGCUGUCGGCUCAGGCACGCAGCAGCGUCGCUGGCGGGGUGCAGCCGCAGCUGCUCUUUGGCGGCGUCUCUGGCCCCAACGGCUCACCCGACGGCCACGGCGGCAGGUCGAUCUGGAGCUCUGGCCCGUCGGAUGCUCGCGUCGGCUCGCCACCGUCUGGCGGCGCUUCGUUUGGUUCAGCGCUUCCCCCUCCCGCGCCGGCCCCUUUUGGCUGGGGCCAGAUGGCGGCGGGCUCGCCCGCACCCCAGCAUCUUGCACGCGACCCGUCGGCGCAGGGAGCCUUCGCAGGGCACAGGACGAUGGCGACCAGCUCCCAUCCAUUUGGCGUCGGCGCUGGGACGGAUGUUGGCCUCGGGCAGCCUUCGGGCCUGCGCGGCGACAUGGCCUCGGCGCAUUACGCCGAGCAGCACUUCGGCUCGCCCUAUGGGCAGGUGCACGCUCAGUACUACGGCGGAGCGGCGUUCGUCGAUGCGAUGCACUCUGCGGAUGGCGGCGCUCCUCUGGGCCAGGCUCGACCCGCGAGUGGUGCUGACCCGCGCCUGUUUCAUGGGCACAUGCACAGCUCUUUCGGCAGCGGAUCGCAGAGCCCAUUCGAUCCUCACCACCCGCGAUGA